GGGCGGGAGCGGCAAGAUGGCCGCGCCCGUGUGAGAAGCCGCCGCCGGCGUCCGCGCUCGCCUCGGCCGCGCUGCCGCUUCCCGCGUGGCCCCCGGGCGGCGCGGGAGCCGGAGCCCGGUCGCGGCGGCGGUGCGUGCGUCCGUCCGUCCGUCCGUCCGUCCCAGAAAUAAUGAGGAUAUCGGGCCCCCAUGUCGGACCACUCUGACGAGAGGGCGACGAUGAUUGCGGCCGGCGACCUGCAGGAGUUCGCCCCCCGGGGCCGCGAGCACUGCCGGCGCCACCCCAGCGCCCUCAGCCUCCAGCUGCGGCGGCUGCAGCCCGCCUCCGAGCUCUGCUCCUCCGACGGGGCGGCCGGCCUGGUGGGGUCCCUCCGCGAGGUGACGAUCCACGAGCGGCAGCGGGAGAGUUGGCAGUUGAGGAAAGGUGUCAGUGAUGUUGGGGAAGAGGUGGACUACGACGAAGAGCUAUAUGUGGCCAGCAAUAUGGUCAUCUGGAGCAAAGGCAGUAAAAACCAAGCAUCUACUGUUUAUAAGGCUUUCACUGUUGACAGCCCCGUUCUGCAGGCCUUAUGGUGCGACUUCACAUUACCCCAGGAAAAAUCUGAAAAAGCUGAUGUUUCAGGCAGUGGUGAAAUAGUAGAGAAAUGUAUCUGCAUAUUGCAGAAUUCCUGUAUAAAUGUGCAUAGCAUAGAAGGAAAGGAUUACAUUGCUGCUUUACCUUUUCAGGUCGCAAACGUCUGGCCAACAAAAUAUGGUUUGUUAUUUGAGCGCAGCAAUUCUUCACACGAAGUACCUCCAAGUCCACCCAGAGAACCUUUGCCUACUAUGUUCAGCAUGCUACACCCACUAGAUGAGAUAACACCUCUUGUCUGUAAGUCUGGAGCAGGUGUGUUUGGCUCUGCUAGAGUGCAGUACGUUGCUGAUUACACCUUGAGGAUCGUGUUUCUCAGUGCUGAACCUUCCAUUGUGAUGACCUAUGAUACUGUGCAGAGUUUACAUACUCUUUGGGCUCUUCGGAGAGUCAAGCCCGAGGAGCAGAACACGGUGCUGAAGUUCUCAGAGCAGAUGGGCACACCGCAGCAUGUGGCCACUAGCAGCUCUUUGACCGCCCAUCUCAGAAGCCUCUCCAAGGGAGACUCACCUGUGGGCUCCCCUUUCCAGAACUACUCAUCUAUCCACAGCCAGAGCAGAUCAGUGUCAUCGCCCAGCAUGCAGUCCCGCUCGCCGUCUAUCUCCAACAUGGCUGCUUUGAGCCGCUCUCAUUCUCCUGCCCUGGGAGUGCAUUCUUUCUCAGGAGUGCAGAGGUUCAACUUUUCCAGUAACGCUCAGUCACCGAAGAGGCACAGCAUUACCCAUUCACCAAACAGCACUUCCAGUGAUUCCUUCCUUAUACCAGAAACUGAGCCAAUUGUUCCUGAGCUGUGUAUAGAUCACCUGUGGACAGAAGCAGUCACAAACAUGAGAGAGAAGAAUUCCCAAGCAUCAAAAGUGUUUAUUACCACUGACCUUUGUGGACAGAAGUUCUUGUGCUUUUUAGUGGAAUCCCAGCUCCAGCUGCGAUGUGUAAAAUUUCAAGAGAGCAACGACAAGUCGCAGCUGAUUUUUGGUUCUGUUACCAAUAUUCAAGCAAAGGAUGCAGCUCCAGUGGAGGGCAUUGAUACGCUGCUGGUUCUGGAAGGCAGUGGAAAUCUAGUUCUUUAUUCCGGAGUGGUUCGGGUGGGGAAGGUUUUUAUUCCUGGGCUGCCUGCUCCAUCCCUGACAAUGUCCAACCAAAUGCCUCGGCCAAGUACUCCCUUAGAUAGUGUCAGCACUCCAUCCAAGCCUUUGACUAAACAUCUGGGACCCCUGGAAGAGGGUGUGCUUUUGUCACCAGUUCCAGAGCUAAGGGAUUCUGCCAAACUUCAUGACUCAACUUACGUUGAAGACUGUACUUUUCAGCAGCUUGGGACUUUCAUUCAUGCUCUGAGAGAUCCUGUCCGCAACAGAAUAACUUUAGAACUCAGCAAUAAUACAAUGGUUCGGGUUACUAUUCCUGAAAUUGCCACUUCGGAACUAGUGAAAAGAUGUCUGCAAGGGGUCAAAGCUGUCCUACCCAAGGAGAUAGCUGUACAGAUGCUUGUCAAGUGGUACAAUGCUUAUAAUGCUCCUGGAGGACCAAGUUAUCACUCAGAAUGGAAUUUAUUUGUAACAUGUCUCAUGAAUAUGAUGGGUUACAACACGGAGAGACUGUCCUGGACACAUAAUCUUGAUUUGGAAGGAUCACUUUCACCAGUUAUUGCUCCAAAGAAGGCUAGACCAUCGGAAACAGGGUCAGAUGAAGACUGGGAAUAUCUCUUAAGCUCUGAUUACCAUAGGAAUUUUGAGUCUCAUCCUGUUGCCAAAGCUUUGCGACUGGACCCUCUGGAAGUUUUGGCUUCAAAGGAUGACUUUUCACAGAGCCUUAGUUUGGAUUCCUCAACUCUCCUUUUCACCCACAUUCCUGCUAUUUUCUUUGUUCUUCAUCUCAUCUAUGAGGAGCUCAAACUGAAUAGUCUGAUGGGAGAAGGAAUUCGUUCACUUGUUGUUCUUCUGGUUCAGCUGGCCAGGGACUUAAAACUUGAAGCUUAUAUAGAUUAUUACUACAGAGACUAUCCAGCCCUUGUAAAAACCUCCAGACAGACUUGCGUAAUUGACCAAGCCCAAACAGGUUUCAUGCACCAUCCCUCGUUUUUUACUGCUGAGCCUCCAAGUAUCUUUCAGUGGCUUAGUUCCUGUCUCAAGGGGGAAGGAGUGCAGCCUUAUCCUUACUUACCAGGAAUCUGUGAAAGGAGCAAACUGGUAGUACUGAGUGUGGCUUUGUACAUACUUGGUGAUGAGAGCGCUGUAUCUAAUGAAGCCUCCCAUUAUUUGUACAAGAUUACAUCAGGACAACGAAAACAGCAAAUAGAACAGGAUGACAAUCGAUGCAGUUUCAGACACAGCACAUCUGUUUCCAGCCUGGCUGAAAAGUUAGUUAUUUGGAUGACUAAUGUUGGUUUCACCUUAAGAGAUCUGGAGUCUCUCCCCUUUGGUGUAGCUCUUCCUAUUAGAGACGCGAUAUAUUACUGCCGAGAGCAGCCUGCCUCAGACUGGCCAGAAGCAGUUUGUCUCUUGAUUGGGCGUCAGGAUCUGUCCAAACAGGCGUGUGAAGGGAACCUGCAAAAGGGUAAAUCUGAGUCUGUGGGCCCAGUGCUGUCCUCCGAUAUUCCCUCUGGAACCGAAUCGGAAGAGGAUGAGGAUGGCAUGAAUGACAUGAAUGAGGAAGUGAUGUCGCUGAUAUGGAGCGAGGAUUUGAGAGUGCAGGAAGUGCGCAGGCUCCUUCAGAGUGCCCGCCCUGUACGCGUCAACGUAGUGCAGAUGCCAGAAGCUAGUGACCACGAAUACAUAGAAGAGAAAGAAAACCGGCUGUUGCAGCUAUGCCAGCGAACCAUGGCACUACCUGUUGGACGAGGAAUGUUCACUUUGUUCUCGUAUCAUCCUGUUCCAACGGAGCAGUUGCCCAUCCCUAAGCUGAAUCUAACUGGCCGUGCUCCUCCUAGGAACACUACUGUUGAUCUGAACAGUGGGAACAUCGAUGUGCCCCCUAACAUGGCUUGCUGGGCCAGCUUUCACAACGGGGUAGCUGCCGGCCUGAAGAUAGCACCUGCUUCACAGAUAGACUCUGCUUGGAUUGUCUAUAACAAACCCAAAAUUGCUGAGCUAGCAAAUGAAUACGCGGGCUUCCUCAUGGCUCUGGGUCUCAACGGGCAUCUCACAAAGCUUGCCACGCUCAAUAUACACGACUACUUAACAAAGGGCCAUGAGAUGACAAGUAUUGGCCUGUUGCUUGGCGUUUCUGCUGCCAAGCUGGGCACAAUGGAUAUGGCAAUUACACGCCUCCUGAGCAUCCACAUACCUGCCCUCCUGCCACCAACUUCAACAGAGCUGGAUGUCCCUCACAACGUGCAGGUGGCUGCCGUGAUAGGAAUAGGCCUUGUCUAUCAGGGCACUGCUCACAGGCACACAGCAGAGGUUCUGCUGGCUGAGAUAGGACGUCCCCCUGGCCCAGAAAUGGAGUACUGCACAGACAGAGAGUCCUAUUCACUUGCAUCUGGGCUAGCCUUAGGCAUGGUCUGCCUAGGGCACGGCAGUAAUUUGAUAGGCAUGUCAGACCUCAAUGUUCCCGAGCAGCUUUACCAGUACAUGGUUGGGGGUCACAGGCGAUUCCAAGCAGGAAUGCACAGAGAGAAGCACAAGUCUCCCAGUUACCAAAUCAAGGAGGGAGACACCAUAAAUGUGGAUGUUACUUGUCCGGGUGCCACACUUGCACUUGCUAUGAUCUACCUAAAGACAAAUAACAGAUCCAUUGCUGACUGGCUUCAGGCACCAGAUACCAUGUAUUUGCUGGACUUUGUAAAACCAGAGUUCCUUUUAUUGAGGACCCUGGCUCGAUGCCUGAUUUUGUGGGAUGACAUCUUGCCCAAUUCCAAGUGGGUUAAUAGCAACGUGCCUCAGAUCAUAAGAGAGAACAGUAUAUCUCUUCAUGCAACAGAGCUGCCUUCAUCUGAAGAUCUGAGUUUAGAAACACUGGCGCAAGCUCAUGUCUACAUCAUUGCUGGAGCAUGUUUGUCACUGGGAUUUCGAUUUGCUGGUUCAGAAAAUCUGGCAGCAUUUAAGUGCUUGUACAAAUAUGCAACAGAUUUCCUGAAGUGUUUGUCAGCACCAACAGCUUCAAUAACAGGUCACUAUAAUCUCGAAACAUGCUUGAGCGUCCUGCUGCUGUCUCUCGCGAUGGUGAUGGCUGGCUCUGGAAACCUGAAAGUCCUUCAGCUUUGCCGUUUCAUGCACAAAAAGACAGGUGGAGAGAUGAACUAUGGGUUCCACCUGGCUCACCACAUGGCUUUGGGGCUCCUCUUUCUGGGAGGAGGAAGGUAUUCACUGAGCACUUCAAAUUCUUCAAUUGCUGCUCUCCUUUGUGCUCUGUACCCUCACUUCCCUGUUCACAGCACGGACAAUCGGUACCACCUCCAGGCUCUGCGUCACUUGUACGUGCUGGCGGCAGAACCGAGGCUCUUGACGCCUGUUGAUGUGGAUUCAAACACUCCUUGUUACGCACUGAUAGAGGUUACAUACAAGGGCACGCAGUGGUAUGCAGAAGCCACUGAGGAACUGAUGGCACCCACGCUUCUUCCAGAGCUCCACUUACUGAAGCAGAUCAGAGUGAAGGGACCACGGUACUGGGAAUUAUUAAUAGAUUUAAGCAAGGGAACGAAUCAUCUAAAAUCAAUUCUUUCAAAGGGUGGUGUUUUGUACGUGAAGCUGAGAGCUGGGCAGCUCUCCUACAAGGAGGACCCGAUGGGCUGGCGCAGUCUCUUAGCACAGACUGUUACUCACCGAAACUCUGAAGCUCGGGCAUUCAAGCCAGAAGCAAUUUCAGCUUUUACUUCUGAUCCUGCUCUGUUUUCAUUUGCUGAUUAUUUCUGCAAACCAACUGUGAACAUGGGCCAGAAACAGGAAAUCCUGGAUCUUUUCUCCUCAAUUCUUUAUGAGUGUGUUACCCAAGAAAAUCCAGAGAUGCUGCCCACGUACAUAGCAAUAGAUCAGGCUGUGAGGAGAUUAGAAAGAAGAGAAAUGUCGGAGACAUUUGAGCUGUGGCAGAUAAAGCUGGUGUUAGAAUUUUUCAGUUCCAGAAGUCACCAGGAGAGAAUGAGCAGGAAUCCAAACCGAGGACUCUUCAUGAACUCUGAAUUUCUGCCUGUGAUGAAGUGCACUAUCGAUAACACUUUGGAUCAGUGGCUUCAAGCUGGAGGGGAUGUGUCUCUGCAUUCCUACCUGAGUGGACAGCCCACGGAGGAAUCUCAACUGAGCAUGCUGGCUUGCUUCCUCAUUUACCACUCUGUCCCAACACCAGCUCAGCUGGCAGCUGGAGGCUUGGAAGGAAGCACGAACUUCUCUGAGCUGCUUUUGAAGUUCAAGCAGUUGAAUAUGCCAGUUCGCGCGUUGCUAAGGCUCGCUCCUCUGUUGCUUAGAAAUCCCCAGUCCAUGGUGCUCUAGGUCCGCGGCGUUCGUUCUGCGUGUGGUUACUGAACGGCAGAGCCAGCUCUGUGUUGCUCCAUGCUUUUCAAAAAACAUACAGGAAAAAUGUACUUGAAUUUUGUAACUGCUCAAGCAACAUAAACUUCAAACUUGUCCCCAGAUGUGGUGACUGUGACCAAGAGUUAUUUAUAACUUGUUACAAUGAAUAAAAAAAAAUAAUGUAAAAGUGAACUAAUAAUAAAUUUACUUUUGUAACUAAG